AUGGACAAAUCACUGAGCUUGUGUGAUGAUAACUACAUCGUGAGUGAUACUGAAUGGGAUCGACAUAUGCUGGAAGAAAAAAACAAUCUGGUGGAAGAUGAAAACAAUCUGGUGGAAGAUGAAUCUCUCAUGGGUGAAUCAUCUCAUGCUCAAGUGAAAAGAGCUGGUCUUGUUAUGGAUGUGACAAAACGUUGGAACUCAACCCAUCUAAUGUUGUCUAGAGCGAUCCAAUUUAAAGAUGUGCUGCGUAAUCUUGCUGAAGUGGAGCCGAGUUAUAAGUGGUUUCCGUCUGAAUUGGAGUGGUCUAGAGCAGAGCUUAUAUGCGAGUUCUUGAGGCCAUUUGAUGAAAUAACAAAAAUUGUUUCAGGCUCUAAAUAUCCUACUGUGAAUCUGUACUUUAUGCAAGUUUGGAAAAUUGAAAGUUGGCUUGAAGUUCAUGCAAUAUCUGAGGAUGAGACCAUUUGUGAAAUGGUGGACACCAUGAAGCGGAAGUUUGACAAAUAUUGGAAAAACUACAGUGAUAUACUUGCGAUUGCUGCUGUUUUGGAUCCAAGGUUGAAGUUCACUUGUUUAGAAUACUGCUUUAGCACUUUAGAUCCAUCAACUAGCAAGUCUAAGUUGGAUCACAUCCGCAAGAAGAUAGAAAAGCUGUAUGGAGUUUAUAAGAAGAAUCCUGUGAACACCGCUGCAACUUCACAAGUUAUGGAGGAUAACCUACCAUCUGGAUAUGGUGGCUUUUAUGCAUUUGUUUCUCAAAAAGCUGGAACAGGAAAAUCGGCUUUAGAUAUGUACUUGGAUGAACCAGCUUUGGAUAUGGUUGCGUUUCAGAGUUUGGAUGUCUUGAAGUAUUGGAAAGAUAAUGCAGCACGUUUUAAAGAGUUAUCUCGCAUGGCAUGUGAUGUACUUUGUAUUCCUAUAACAACAGUGUCUUCCGAGUCAUCAUUUAGUGUGGGAAGUCAAGUUCUAAACAAGUACAGGAACCGUCUACUUCCAUCUAAUGUGCAAGCACUUAUCUGUGCAAGAAACUGGUUAAGAGGUUUUGAGGAAAUUAGUGGAUCCGAGUUUUUUGAGGAAGAUAAAGAAGAAGAAGAAGGAGAAACAUGAGAAGAAGAAGGGGAGGAAUGAGAAGGUGUAAGAAAGAAGAUUAGAGUAUGAAUGAGAGUAUGAGACCAUUAAUUUAAGUAUGAGUAUGAGACCAUUAAGUAUGAGUAUGUAUUGGAUUUAUAACUUAUUUAUGGAUUUAGUAUGGAUUUAUAACUUAUGUAUGGAUUUAUAACUUACUUAUGGA